AUGGACGCAAGACCUCUUCCGCCAGGCUGGAUUUCAGAGUAUGAUACGGCAAGUGGAAAGUACUUUUUUGUAGACACAACCAAACAACCACCAUUCACUACGUGGGAUGACCCAAGAAACAAUAACUAUCCAUCACAAACUUCAUUACCAUCACCUUAUCCAACGUUCCCAGACGGUGCAACAUCAUCACCGAUGCCAGGUCAAUCUUUUCCUGACGCUCGAGGAGGUGGAGGAGGAUAUCCACAGCAAGAUUAUCCGCCUCAAGGGCAAUUUAGCAGUAAUGGUGAAAAAGGAAUGCUUGGUAAAAUAGCAAAAUUAGGUGCUGGAGGUGCGCUCGGUGCUGCAGCUUUGAGUGCAUUGUCAGGUGGUAAACCUGGUAAACCUCAUAAACCUAAUAAACCUCAUAAGAAACCUGGAUUAGGGGGUCUUGCCGCUGGAGGAUUGGGCGGAGCCGCGGCUGGGCUAUUACUUGGCUCUGCUUUGAAGGGACACGGACACGGAUUCGGCGGAUUCGGCGACUAUGGGAGUGGGUCCGAUUCUGAUUAA